GGCACCACGUGAGGAAGGAAAACAAACCGUGCGCUUGGACUGCAGGCUCAGCUUUGAGGAAGUAGCCCCUGGAAGCUUUGUUCCAGCCUUACUGCUGUUUGAAGGUCAACUGUCAGCCACCCUGAAGUCAGGGGUUCCAGAGACCUGUCCUUGGUAUAAGCUGCCCUACCCCUGAGGCUCUUGAGGCAGGAGCAGAGCCAAGUGGUACCCUGGGCCAGGGCUGUGAUUGGCCUGAGCUGGACAAUGCCCCUGUGAUGUCGACCUGCUCCUGCUAUGAAAUGGUGACUCCUGAGCCCUGGCUUCAGUGGAGCUGCCGUCCAGACACAGAUCAUGAGUGGCGGGUAUGAUCUCAACCUCUUCACCAGCCCUCCCGAUUGCAACUUCCUGUGUUCUGUCUGCCACGGAGUUCUCAAGAGGCCGGUGAGGUUGCCGUGCAGCCACAUCUUCUGCAAGAAAUGCAUCCUCCGGUGGCUAGCCAGGUGCUACUGGGCAACCAAGAGGCUCGGGGGCCAGGUUCAGUGUUUCCUAGUCAGUGGAACGUCAUGGAUGGGGGAUUCUUGGGGGUGGCUGGAGAUGUCCCCAACCUGGUUUGGCUCACACGAUGCUCUCCUCCACCCCCAGUGCAGGAACGCCGAAGUUGGCUGCCAGGUGACGUGCCCCUUGGCCCAUCGCAAGGGACACCAGGACUCAUGCCCCUUCGAGCUGAUGGUCUGCCCCAAUGAAGGCUGCAUGUUGCGGGUGCCUCGUGGAGCCCUGGCUGAGCACAGGCAGAACUGCCAGCAUGGUGCCCAUCAGCGCUGCUCCCUGGGCUGCGGGGCCACCCUGGGCCCAGCCGAGCAUGCAAACCACAAUUGCUACCAGGAACUGCGAGAGGCCUGGUGCCAGCGCCAGCAGCGCAGCCGGGCCCUGGUGCUCUGCCUACUGCGGCACAUGCGCAAAAUGCACCGGACCACUGGCCUCAUCCGCCGGCAGCUGGCAGACUUCCUGGAGGAAGAUGACCCCCUGCUCGUGGGUGCCCCGCAAGAGGAGGCUGAGGCCACCCCCGAAGGCAGCACUGGGGCUGAGGUGUGGGGGCCCCAGGGCCAAGCUACCUUGUAAAUAAAGGGUAAAUAAAUGCAGAGCCCAGG